AUGUCAAUAAAGGUGUGUGAUUGGAGUACGUGACUCUGCAACAUUUUAAAGAGUGGUGAUAAGUUAUAUCAGGCCGUGCAGUUGCUUUCUUCCUCAGUGUGUAGAAGCAGUAAGUCUUCCUUAUUUCUACCAACAGCGAAGAACAACUUCCUUAAACAAACCCACGCCCCCCACAGCGACCCACGAUGCGCCUCGCCAGCGGUCACGUCGCCGUCCAGCUGGAAGGCGAAGAGCUGGCGAAGAUCCAGAGAGACUUCGAAGGGUACAGGAAGGGCCUGGUUCGCCUGGCGCCUGGGGGUUGGGUGUUGCCGGCGCCCUACCCCAAGUACGCGGACAAGCUCUACAAUACGAAGUUCCGUGAGACUGACGUCGUCAUAAUGACGUACCCGAAGUGCGGAACGACGUGGACGCAGGAGGUCGUGUGGACCAUGAGGAACAACCCGAACCUCGACCACCCGAAGGCCAGCGCCCCGAUCAGCGUUCGUUCGCCUUUCAUCGAUUCCGACAUGCUCAUGGCAAUGGGGAAAGAGGGAUCGACAAGUCUCAUGUCCGAGUUCCUCAAAGGCGUUGUUCCAGACCCUGACCCCAACGAAGGCAUCGCCCUCCAGCUGACCGCCCACACACCUGACCCUCGAACCAUCAAAACUCACCUGCCGUUCUCCCUCAUGACCCCUGACCUCCUCGAUACGACUAAGGUGAUCUACGUGGCAAGGAAUCCCAAGGACGUGGUCUUGUCCUUCCUUCACCACACACGCUUCAUGAAAAAUAUAAGCUACGUGGGCUCAUUGGAACAAUUCGUCGACUAUUUCGUUAAUGACCAGUUGAUCUACGGGCCGUAUUGGGAACACCUGCGCGAGGCCUGGCCCAGGAGGGAUCACCCCAACAUGCACUUCGUCUUUUACGAAGACAUGAAGGCGGACCCCAUGGCGGAGCUGAGGAAACUGAACCACUUCCUCGGAACUGACCUGACGGAGGAACAGCUGGAGAAGAUCGUUCAGUACACCAGCUUCGAGGAGAUGAAAAAGCACGAGCAGGAUGCAUUGCAAGGGAAGAACAUGGCCACAUUUGUUAAUGAGGAAGUGGUAAAGAAAGACGGAGGAUUUUACAGGAAAGGCGAGGCUGGUGGGUGGAAGGACCGCCUCACGGACAUGCAGGCAGCCAAAAUAGAUGCUUGGACGAAGAAGAACACGUUGGAUCUCGGAAUCAACUUCAAAUAUUCAAUUUAGUGUUCUAGAGCUUUGUCUCUCUCUCUCUCUUUCGCUUUCUCUCUCUCUCUCUCUCUGUCUAUCUAUCUCUCUCUCUCUCUCUUCCUCUUCCUCUUCCUCUUCCUCUCCCUCUCCCUCUCUCUCUC